UCUGGUCUGAUCUGCUGUAGUCUGGUCUGAUCUGGUGUAGUCUGGUCAGAUCCGGUGUAGUCUGGUCUGAUGUGGUGUAGUCUGGUCUGAUGUGGUGUAGUCUGGUCUGAUCUGGUGUGCAGUGAUGUGAUCAGUGUGUUGUGCUCUGAAGGAGGUCCAGGAGCAGGUGAGCAGGGAGCAGCAGGUGCAGCAGGAGGUGAGCAGGGAGCAGCAAGUGCAGCAGGAGGUGAGCAGGGAGCAGCAGGUCAGUGUGUGCAGACAGGGAGCAGAGCAGGAGCUCACUGUGCUCCUCACCACGGGACUGGAGACUCAGCAGCUCACUGUGCACGAUGCCAACAGAGCCCCAGUCUUCAACUUCACUGUUUCCACGGAGAUGGACUGCUGCCAGGUCGGAGGACAGUCCUUCCUAGUCACCGUCGGCAAGCUGAGUCUUCUGCUGCAGUUCAAAACUCCAACUGAUAUGAAGAACUUCCAGCAGUUACUGAAGAGAGGGGAUGAUGGAGAGACGAGGACCGGUUGUACAAAGGGAGAUGAGAGAGGAAACAAGGAGGCAGAGAGAGGAAACAAGGAUGCAGAGAGAGGAAACAAGGAUGCAGAGAGUGGCCAGACUCCUUCUAGCAGACGUCCCGCUGUCUUUGAAACGAGGACUGAAACUGGUCCUAUACAGGGCUACCAGUUCCACAGCUGUCUGUCCCAGCAGCAGAGCCUGCUCCAGGACUACCUGAGGAUCGCCACCUACCAGAGAGCCAUUUUAUUCAACGAGAGUGACUUCAGAGACAAGGUGGUUCUUGAUGUGUGUUGCGGUUCUGGUAUUCUGUCUUUCUUUGCAGUCCAGGCAGGAGCCAGCAGAGUGUAUGCUGUUGAGUCCAGCCCUAUGGCCAAGUUUACACAGAUCCUGGUCCAGAGUAACGGUCUGUCUGAGCGGAUCAGGGUCCUGGAAGGGGAGGUGGAGGAGGUCAGCUGUCCUGACAUGGUCGACGUCAUCAUCUCUGAGCCGAUGGGAUACAUGCUGCUUAACGGGAGACUCAUGGAGAGCUUCUUGCGUGCCAAAAAAUGGCUCAAACCCAAUGGUCUGAUGUUUCCCUCCUAUGGUGAUAUUCAUCUGGCUCCCUUCAGUGACGAGCAGCUCUAUUUCGAACACUACGCACGAGCUAGUUUCUGGCAGCAGAGAGGCUUCCACGGCGUUAACCUGAGUGCUCUUCACGGUGCUGCAGUAGAUGAGUUUUACAGGCAGCCCAUAGUGGACACAUUUGAGGUGCAGAUCCUGAUGGCCAGGUCUGUCAAGCACCGCAUCAACUUCAUGGAGGCUAAAGAAGAAGAUUUACACAGAAUGGAGAUUCCCUUUGUGUUCACACUGCUGCAGUCUGGUCUGGUCCAUGGACUCGCCUUCUGGUUCGACGUGGCCUAUCUGGGAUCCAAGUCAACGGUGUGGCUCUCCACAGCUCCCACGGAGCCUCUGACCCGCUGGUAUCAGGUCAGAUGUUUGCUUCAGACGCCGCUCUUCGCCAAGCUGGGACAAACUCUGUCUGGGACUGUCCUGCUGGCCGCUAACAACAGGCAGAGCUAUGACAUCCACAUCACCGCCACAGUCGAGCAAUCAGGCUUCAGAUCUGGCAACGUCCUGGACCUCAAGAACCCUUUCUACCGGUUGGCGACUUGGUAGAGACCUCCGGACCGUAGGCGAACAGGAAGUCCAGGGAGGAAGGCCUCUCUCCUCCAGGAGAACUGAGGAACCUCAUAAGGAAUCAUCAGAUGUCACAGCUCCACUCAGCACAACUUGUUGUUCUUUAAAGGUCCCAUAUCAUGCUCAUUUUCAGGUUCAUAUUUGUAUUUUGUGUUUCUACUAGAACAUGUUUACAUGCUUUAAUGUUAAAGAACCUUUAUUUUCCUCAUACUGUCUGCCUG